AUGACCACAGACUCGGAUUACCAAUCUCUGCACGGUGCGCGAAUCAAGGACACGACCCAGGGCGAGAGUAACGAUCACGACCAAAUUGAGGUAAUGCCACGUGGUGCGGGGCCUCAAGAACCACGCAGUCUUCCCGCGGUCUGCUUCGAGCUCCAGGCCAAGGUCGAUGCGCUUCUUUCCGAAAAGACCGAUGACCCCGUCCUGCGGAGAGUUCAGGAACAGGUCGGGGUAUCGAUGAGUGUGAUUCGAGAUGCUUUGCGCCGCUAUGGUUCCGAUCAACUCUCACUGUCGUACAACGGCGGCAAAGAUUGUCUCGUCCUCCUCGUAUUGAUCCUCGCCUGUUUGCCCCAAUCCCUCUCCCGGCCACAGUCCUCCCCGGAGUCACAUCUCGCUCCGAUAAUUGACCGUGCAUCGCCCGCGGGGCCCCAGAGAACGCCGGCAUCACAUGCCGAAUCUCCAUCCCAACACCUCCAAGCGAUAUAUAUUGUUUCCUCCGACCCGUUCGCCGAAGUUGAGGACUUUGUGGCGGAAUCUGCCAAGCAGUACCACCUGGAUCUUAAGCGUUAUGCGCUCCCCAUGCGACCGGCGCUUGAGGCAUACUUGCACGAGUGUCCCGGCGUCAAGGCGAUCUUCCUCGGCACCCGGCGGACAGAUCCGCACGGCGAGUUCCUGACACAUUUCGACCCGACUGACGCAGGGUGGCCGCAGUUCAUGCGUAUUCACCCCGUCAUUGACUGGCACUACGUUGAUAUCUGGGCUUUCAUUAGGCACCUCCAGAUACCGUUUUGUGAGCUGUACAACCGAGGCUUCACCUCUCUCGGUGGCGUCACAAACACACGGCCUAACCCGGCCCUGGCGGUGAGUGGGGAUACGUCGACGUUCCGGCCAGCGUACGAGCUCAGGGAUGACGACGAGGAGCGCCUCGGCCGAGAUUAA